ACUCCAAUAACGUUUAGUGGGUUAGACACCGGAUUACCUGUGGGUCUUUUUCAGGACAGACAAAAGUCCCAGUUUUUUUGAAUACAAAGAUCCUCACAUCUUUAUGAUAAGGGUUUACACUGGAUUUACACUGCCAUGUCCAAGAGCAACAUGAAGAGACAAGUACACAGAUACACGGACAGUACCAACAGCUGUGACAGAAUCAUCAGCUUCAGCUCUCCAGCUAGUGAUGGUAACUUACAGCAUCUUUCCACGGAAGAGAAGGCUUGUAUCGGUUUUUUGGAGGAGAUCAUCGAGUCCACAGUUACAGAGCACAGUGAUUUUUCCAGUGAUGACUCCCAAACCUUUGGAAACACGAUUAGCAAAAAGCAUCACUGCACAACACGUGGAGUUCAUCAGGACAUGUCAUCCUGCAACUCUUUUCCGGGGACUGAUAGCUGGCAGGAUCUCUCAGCAGAAGAGAAGGACUGUCUCAAGUUUUUAGAGGAGACCAUCGAUUCCAUAGAGGACGUCGGUCUCUCCACUGGUGAUGCUGAAAGUUUUCCAGAGUCAGGUUGCACUAUUGUCAAAAAACAUCACAUCAAUCAAAUUAAGACUUUCCUGGUUCCUGCACCUUUUGUCCUGACAACCAGCAAUGGUAGCAUCCCUACUAAACAAGGAAUGGCAUGUGCUGAGGAAAAAACACUACCUAAUAAGGAUCAUAGCCGUCAGAAUGAUCAAGCGUCAUCUGAUGAUGCUUUGCACUAGGAGUCUUUGUCCUGUAAUGGUUGCUUAUCUACAUUCACUGAAAACUGUGAUGUGAUGAGACCAGACAAGGACAAGUUGGAGGUACAUUUGCUGAAGAAAAUGUGAAUGGUGCUUGCACGUGACAAGUUCCCCUCAUGGGACCGAGUGUUUUGAUAGAUGACAUGUCCAUGUUGUGCUAUCUUUUUGAUUUCGCUUACUUUGGGGGGCGGGGCUACACGUGGCAUCACGUGACGUGACCAAAACACGCGUGAGGCAGUUCCCCUCAUCGGGCUGAGUGUUUUGAUAUAUGGCAUGUCCAUGUUGUGCUAAUUUUUUGAUUUCGCUUAUUUUGGGGGCGGGGCUACACGUGAAGUAAAACCGUAAUGCUGCAGGAAAUCUUCAGGACGUUUUUUUAGGGGUCGAUAUCAACAUGACAAGCUGCUUAUUUACAUCUUGUUAGAUUGAAGAGUGAGACAAAGGGAAAAGAGAAGUAUGUGGAGGGAACUAGUGCUAUAAGUGAUUGAUUACAGGACAUUUAAUGUAGAGAAUAAAACAUUUAAAUGUAGAAAUUGCUGUUCAACGUUUCACAUUUUAUCCUUUACUUAAACUUUACACCGUCCUUUACACCGUAAACUCUCCUUGAUCCAUUAUUAGUAAUAGUAACAAAAUGAUUAAUGCUUGUAUUAACUGAUGAAUUAAAUGAUGAAUUAAAAUGAGACAAACAAUGAACAUCUUGUGUUAAUAUUUAUUCCAGCCAUGAAAAAAUAAACCCACAAUGACCAAUAA